AUGAUGCCACAAAUUUCAGAUAAACUGAAUCAGAAUUCACCAAUAGAAUUUGUGAGUAAAACAUAUGAUAUUGUGGAUGAUCCAUCUACAGAUGCUAUUAUUUCUUGGACUGAAAGUAACAACAGUUUUGUUAUUUGGCAACCUUCGGAGUUAGAAAAGCAUAUUUUGCGUAUGCGUUUUAAGCAUAAAAAUCUUUCCAGCUUUGUCAGGCAGUUGAAUAAUUAUGGGUUCAAAAAGGUUGACCAUGACAGGUGUGAGUAUGCACACAAAGAUUUUUUAAGAGGUCAAAAACACUUGUUGACGAGAAUCAGGAGGCAAGAAUCCGGCAAAGUGGAGAAGCAGCAACAACAACCUCAAGGACAGAGUUCAUCGGUUAGCGCAUGUGUUGAAGUGGGGAAAUUUGGACUAGAAGAAGAGAUAGAGAGACUUCAGAGGGACAAAAAUGUUCUUAUGCAGGAAGUUGUUAGGCUGAGGCAGCAACAACAAUCAACUGAUCUUCAGUUGCAAACUUUAGGGCAGCGGCUGCAAGGUAUGGAGCAGCAGCAACAACAAAUGAUGUCGUUUUUCGUGAAGGCCGUGCAGAGUCCAGGUUUCUUAGCCCAGUUGGUGCAGCAACAUAAUGAAAAUAACAGACGGAUUGCUGGAGUUAAUAAGAAGCGAAGAUUUCCUAACCUUGAGGACGGUCAUUCUACUCCUGCUUCUGAUGGACAGAUCAUUAAAUAUCAGCCGAUAUUGAAUGAGGCAACACAAGCAAUGUUGACGCAGCCGAACCUUGCUUCGCCAUCUCACAGAUUAGAUGAAGAUACCAAUGGAGAUAGUAUUUCCAUCGAUGAUAUACCUUCACCAUCCAGUACACAAUUAGACAGCGUGAGUACAUCAAAUCUGAUAUCUAAUGUCACCCUUUUGGGGGUCGCUCCAACCUCUGGACAUUCACUUUUAUCAGUCCCAUCAGGGUAUUCAGGAAUGCGUCUCUCAGCGGAGUUUCAAUCUUCUGGUGAUGUAACAGAUACGUUAAUAACAACAACAGCAAGUCCGUUGCCAGACAUGAGUUUCUUUGACGCACUGGAAAAGGACCUCAUGCAGGACAUGGGACUGGAAAACGAAGGCACUGAAAUUCCUGGUGCAGGUUUUGUGGGUCAUGGGACAGGAAACGGGGAUGUGUAUAAUGAUUCAUUGGGGGCAGAUGACACGAUCUCCCCGUUCGGAAGUGGACAGUUCUCACCUGAUAUUGAUGUGGAUAUGUUGGUCGACGGGUACACCACUAAGCCUCCUGGCACAAAUGGUUCUUUUUGGGAACAAUUUCUGACGGCAUCAGCAUAA